GCGGCCUCGGCCUUGGCGCUGGCCGGCGAGGGGCCACGCCAGCUCCGGCGGAGCCUAAAAUGGCUUUGGGCUUUGUGUACCAGAGAAUAUUCUUUUGUAACAGGUCAAAGGAAUAUCGAGAAAGUCCUUGUGGCAAACCGAGGAGAGAUCGCCUGCAGGGUGAUGCGGACAGCUCGGAAGAUGGGGGUGAAGUCGGUGGCAGUUUAUAGUGAGGCUGACCGGAAUUCAAUGCAUGUAGCCAUGGCUGAUGAAGCCUAUUGCAUUGGCCCAGCACCAGCUCAGCAGAGUUACUUAUCCAUGGAAAAAAUAAUACAAGUGGCCAAAAAGUCUGCAGCACAGGCUAUCCAUCCAGGCUAUGGUUUCUUAUCCGAAAACACAGAGUUUGCUGAACUCUGUAACCAAGAAGGGAUAAUUUUCAUAGGUCCUCCUUCAUCUGCAAUCAGAGAUAUGGGCAUUAAGAGUACUUCUAAGGCCAUCAUGUCGGCGGCUGGAGUUCCUGUGGUGGAAGGUUACCAUGGUGAAGACCAAUCGGAUAGGUUUCUGGAAGAGCAAGCCAGAAGGAUCGGCUACCCAGUUAUGAUCAAAGCUGUCCGUGGAGGUGGAGGAAAGGGAAUGAGAACAGCAUUUACUGAAAAAGAAUUUCAGGAGCAAUUGGAAUCAGCUCGAAGAGAAGCAAAGAAGUCCUUUAACGAUGAUGCCAUGUUGAUAGAGAAGUUUGUUGACAAUCCAAGGCACGUAGAAGUUCAGGUAUUCGGAGACCAACACGGCAAUGCCGUCUACCUGUUUGAAAGAGAUUGCAGUGUACAGAGAAGACAUCAAAAAAUUAUUGAGGAAGCUCCAGGGCCAGGAAUUAAGCCUGAAGUGAGAAGGAAGCUUGGAGAAGCUGCUGUUAGAGCAGCAAAAGCCGUGAACUACGUAGGAGCAGGAACUGUGGAGUUCAUCAUGGACAGUGCACAUAAUUUUUAUUUCAUGGAAAUGAAUACCAGGCUGCAGGUAGAGCAUCCGGUUACAGAGAUGAUCACAGGGACUGACUUGGUGGAAUGGCAAUUGAAGGUUGCUGCAGGAGAGAAGGUGCCUCUGACUCAGGAAGAGAUUGUCCUCAAGGGACAUGCAUUUGAAGCUAGGAUCUAUGCUGAAGAUCCCAACAACAACUUCAUGCCAGGAGCUGGACCGUUACUGCAUCUGUCCACACCAUCUGCUGACAGCUGCACCAGGAUAGAAACUGGGGUAAGACAAGUACCAAAUCAAGGGUCUACGAUAAUUGUUGGACUGAGCACCAAUGUGGAUUUCUUAUUGAAUCUCUCAGCCCAUCCAGAUUUUGAGGCCGGGAAGGUUCACACUAAUUUUAUCCCUCAACACCACAGUGAGCUCUUUCCACCCAAACGAUCAAUUUCAAAAGUGACUUUGUGCCAGGCAGCUCUUGGGCUCAUUUUGAAAGAGAAUCUGAUGACUGACACCUUUAGACUCCAGACAGAAGAUAAGUUCUCUCCAUUUGCAUCCAGCAGUGGCAAGCGAAUAAAUGUCUCCUAUCUUAGAAACAUCACUCUCUUGGAUAAUGAAAAAAAUGUGAAUAUUGCCAUACAGUACAAUCCCAAUGGAUCUUAUGACAUGCUGAUAGAAGAUCAGCUUUUCCAUGUUUCUGGUUGCCUGAUGAUGGAUGAUGGCAUAGAAUAUAUAAGAUGUUCAGUGAAUGGAGUUGUAUACCAGUGCAAAUUAGUAGUCCUGGACACUGUCAUCCACCUCUUCUCGUCGGAAAGUCAUGAGCAGAUUGGUCUUCCAGUGCCAAAAUAUUUAACCAGCAAGAGUUCAGGAGGGGAUCACAUUGGGCCUGUCGCUCCCAUGACAGGCACAGUAGAAAAGGUGUUUGUGAAACCUGGAGAUAAAGUUCAAAAGGGAGACUCCCUUGUGGUGAUGACAGCUAUGAAAAUGGAGCAUAUCAUCCGGGCUCCCAACGCAGGGAUAAUAAAGAAAGUUCUUUAUCAGGAAGGUUCUCAGGUCAAGAGAAAAGCUCUGCUGGUUGAGUUAGUGGAGGAAGACUGAUUCAGAAUAAUCCCCAGCGAUUGGAGUUUCAGGAAGAACUGCCUCCAAAUUCUUUACUCGUGAGAACGAAAGAGAAGAGUCCAAGGAUUUACCUCAGCACAGCCAUUUUUUAUGUUCCUCGGUGUUUAAAAACGAUCCUUUUUAAUUGCUGGAUUUCUUAGCAGCUGACGGUUCUCCAUGAAAGCAAAAAUGGUCUCCACUGAAAAAUAUUUUAAACCGCCACCGGAGAGGCUGCCUGUUACCGUAGAAACCGUGAUGCCUGCCUGGGUACUUUGAAAGUUUGUGAUUACAUUUUCAUUUAGCCAGCAGUGUAAUCUGAUAGUCCUGGACAAGCUGAGUUCUCACAUCUCCAUUGGUAUAAUAAUAGCUUGACCCAGGGAGGUCAGUGUGGAUGAAAAAAUUCUGGAUUGAGUGCACUAAAGAACAGAAGACAAGAGAAGUAAUGUACCUUUCCAGCCUCUGUACUCAGUCGAGGGAUCAAUGGCAACCAGAAAAAUAAUAGAAAAAAAAAAACCACUGUACGAACACUUUUUGUCCCUCGUCUUCCUUAGCAUGUGUUGUCUCUUGGGAAAACAGCUGCAAUGACUAUUUACAGCUUCAAAGACCAGAUUCAAUUGUUGCAUUGUUUUAAAAUAUUUUUGAGAGCUGUGGUUGGGAAUGACAAAUUUUAAUUUGUCAUUCUCAACAGGCACAGUUUGUUCCGAUCUCCCUUUGUCCCGCGUUUGGGUUGUCUGAUUAUGGAAUUUCUAAGAUCAGAUCUCCACAUUUUAUACAGUACAUUUAAAAGGCUAACUAACAUGUGGUAAUAAUACAGCUCUCCCAAGUAUUUUUUCCU